AUGGCUGGGGUAUUCUCAAAACAGAGAACGUUCCGACCUAAGAAAAAGUGGGAGAAGGGGACGCUGAAGUACGACCUGCACAAGAAGGCCAAAGCCACGCUUAACGCUGGUCUCGAUCUGAAACAAGCCGUCUCCCUCCCUGAAGAAGAAGAGUUCAACGAUUGGAUAGCGGUGCACGUAGUCGACUUUUUCAAUCGAGUCAACGUAAUAUACGGCACGGUGCAAGAUUUCUGCACGGAGGAGAGCUGUCCACUGAUGUCGGGAGGUCCAAAAUUCGAGUACUACUGGGCCGACGAAGUGCAGAAAAAGCCGCAAGCCGUCUCGGCGCCCACUUACGUUCGCAACCUCAUGACGUGGACGGAGAAACAGAUAGCCAACGUAGAACUGUUCCCCGCUCAAGUGGGUACGCCGUUUCCCAAGAAUUUCGUCCCCACGUGCAAGAAGAUCCUUACCCGACUGUACCGAGUUUUCGUUCAUGUGUACAUUCAUCACUUUGACAACUUGACAAGGAUCGGUGCAGAGGCACACGUAAACGCCUGCUACAAACACUUUUACUACUUUGUCCGAGAGUUUAGUCUUGUCGAUAGCAAAGAGUUUGAACCGCUCGCAGGACUGACCAUCAGACUCUGUCGCUAG